AAUUUUCACUACGAAUUCAGUCCUCAAUUUGAAACUUUGAAAAAGUUUUUAACUCUUUUGUUGAGUCAACCCUUAACGCAAAACUUCCCAUACAAUGCCGAACCAAACGGAACAAGUGAACGACGCCGCCGACCAGACUCAGGCCACCCAACAGACAACCCCAGUGCCCAAAAAGGCCGGAGCGGUGCCCACGAAGCCGGUCGAGGGUCAGGAGCACUGUGCCGGUGACAAGGCCUGCGAAAAACAGUGUGCCGGACAUACCGGUGCCAACGGCCAGUCACAAGCUGAACAACAGUCGUAAUGUUUGGCUAAAUUUUUUUAAAUGACUUUUUAUUUAUAUUUUAGAUUUUAUUUAAAAACCAAAGCUUUGUACCAAAUUUUAUACGUUAAGUGCACUUAAUCUCAAAAUGUUUUUCUAUUGAUUUUGAAUAUAAAAUGAAAUAAAAUAUUAUUCUUUGAAAUCAAUA